GUUUGCCGAGCCGUUCUUAAAUAAACAAAGAAAGCACCUCUCUCUCUGCUCUUGUCCCUUUUCUCCUCGUUAGGCCUCAAUGAGGCUUGUUUCUCUCCUCAUCGUCGCAUCAUGGCUUGGGACGACUCUUGGGAUACAGGAAUCCGAUGCCGGCAUCAUUGACUGGCACAAACUACUUGUCGGUGUACCUCUGGUGGAUUCAACCUCGGCUGCGCCUAUAUUUCACCGCGUUGGAGGCAAGAACACGAAGAGCGUCAUACUUACAGCAACCAAGCAGAAUGUAUUGGCUGCUUUGAAUCCUGUCGACGGUUCAGUAGCCUGGCGACAUGUAUUCGAGCCAGAAGAUACAGUCGUAACAUUUGAGAAGCAAGAUACCACUGUUGCGUCUCUUUCUGGGCCUGGAGGCGCGACUCUACGAUCUUUUGACAUUUUGAGUGGCCUUCUCUUGUUAGAAAAGCGUCUACAUCCUCCGGAAACGAGUUUACCCUUGGAGCCUGGCCAUACAGGAUCAAGCAUUGUUUUCACAGCUGAUUCGGAUAUCAUUGCCUUGACCAAUGGACACAUGGUUCAAUUCAUCACCAAGUCGGGGAACAUACGCUGGACAUGGACGUUGGAAGACCAAAGUUCCCUUGUCAUAUACACCCACGUCAUUGCCACCUCCACUGCCAUAUAUGCUGUCGGGUUGGCUAAAUCAUAUUCUUCCUACAUUCUGCAUGUCGCAGCCCUCUCACCCGAGUCCGGACAGCUUCUCUCAACGGCCCAUGUAGCAUCAAGUGUCACAAAUCCUUCCACGGACCUCGCAUUGCUAACCAGCAAUACCGUUUCGCGGUUAGCAUGGCUAGAACAAGGAGCAUUGAAGUCUGUUGCACUCUCAGCGUCGUUAAAAGAGAAACCUACGACAAUCAAGGGGGCAACCUAUAGACGACUUCUCGACGUUGGUUUAAGCAAGCAUGGCUACAUGGUUGCCAUCAUGUCUGAUGGAGCAGGGCGCGUUUUCAGAUUGGAAGAAGAUGGAUCCGCCUUGAAUAAUAUCUGGGAGUUUGAAGGAUCUGCUUAUAAUUCUCGGCACUCGGAAUCUUUGUAUGCUGGUGGAUUUGACAAGAUUGGAUAUCCAUAUAUUGGGCGCCUCUAUUGGUCACAUGCAUUCAAGUUUGCAUCUGCAGAACUCCUGGCGCCACACCUGGCAUCCGGAAAAGGGCUAGUGACCGGCUUUUCCUUCCCUUUUGAUACCUACAACCACGGGGUCAUAACCCAUAUAACAAUGGAUGCCGCCAAUCCUUCUCCUUUCACUGUUCUUGGACGGUUCUUCUUGACUACGACUACGGGCACAGUUCAACUCUGGCAGCAGGACAAGCUGCAAUGGACACGAGAAGAAUCCUUGGCUUCUGUUCGCGUAGCCGAAUUCGUCGAGUUACCUGAACACAUUGUUACCUCGUCUCAUGACCGGGAUGAGCAAUUCUCUGAGCGUGUACGAAGACAUAUAUCCGACGCCCAAAACUUUCCGCGAUAUUUGCUCAAUUUCGUCCGAAGGUUUGCGACUGGCUCGUAUGCUUCGGCCUCGUCGUCUGUGGCUGCCAAGGAUGGGUCAUUAUCUCGCGAUGCGUUUGGAUUCAGACAGAUCAUUCUCGUCGCUACCGACUUUGGAAAACUUUUUGCUCUCGACUCGAGUAAUGGAAAUGUUUUAUGGAGCCGUAUUCUCGGACUUGGAUGGGCGGCAGAAGUUGGGGGCAAGCAUUUACCCGUCAAGAUUUUUGUGACCCGAACGGUGAGCGAUGGAGAGUCACCACAAGCCGUUCUGGUUACGCAGAGGCGAGCAAACAACGGUCUUCUGGACACUACGUUAUUCCACUUUGACGCCUUGACAGGUCUCGAUGCCCGUUCAAACGCAGAGAAAAGCAAGGUCUUGGAAGGAACGGACAUACCUGAAGCCAUGGUGGACGCCUUUAUGCUUCACAAGGACGACACGAGGGUUAUUAUAGUCUUGGAUGAACUACUACAGGCGCACCUCUACCCUGACACUGAUGAAUCGAAGAAAUUUCUGCUCGAAAAUGGCUCCUCGCUUCACUUUCCGCUUCAAAUGAACGUUCCAGAUGGGCGCCAAGUUGUUGGACACCAUUUAGCCGAAGUUCCAUCGCUGAGCGGUUAUCUUCUGGCAAGACCGACCUGGACGCUCUCACUGGCACAUGGAGAGACCAUCCAGUCUUUGGUUCCGGCUGCUCGAGGGCCAGUAGCGUCUAUUGGUAAAGUACUGGGGAACCGGACGACACUGUACAAGUAUCUGAAUCCGCGGACAUUUGUGGUCUUGACUGACGCUGUUGCUUCCGAGCUUCCGGGUUGUGGACUGUAUGUCGUUGAUGCAGCCAAGGGCACGAUAAUUUACCAAGUUUCUCUUCCCGCCAACGUCGGGAAGUGUGAUAUCAGGGCGACAUUGACAGAAAACUGGCUGAUUUAUCAUUACUACGAUGAAGACUUUAGCGGCGUCGGACAAGCUAAAGGGUACAGAAUGGUGACUGUUGAGCUGUACGAAGGUUCGCGGGCAGACGACAAGACACAAAGUUCCGAGUUGUGUGCGUAUUCCAAAGACAACAGUGCCAUAAGGGUGUUUGAACAGUCGUACGUGUUCCCGCAUGGGAUCUCUGCGAUCGGGACGACGACUACCAAAUUCGGGAUCUCGAGCAAAGAUGCUAUUGUUGCGACGACGAACAACAAGGUUCAGUCGUUCUCGCGGCGACUUCUUAAUCCGCGAAGGCCGAGUCAAAAACCGAGUUCUGAAGAAGCAGAAGAGCAGCUUGUGCAGUAUGAUCCUGUUCUGCCGGAUGAUCCACGACGGGUGCUAUCGCAUACGUACGAGGUUGCCAAAAUCAGACGCAUCAUUACCUCUCCGGCGCUGUUGGAGUCUACGUGUUUGGUAUUUGUGUACGGACUGGACAUGUUUUUGAGCCGAGUCGCGCCGUCGAAAACGUUUGACGUGCUGGACGAGAAUUUCAACAAGGCGCAACUUGUGUUUACCGUUCUUGGAUUAGCGGCAGCGAUUGGGAUCACGAAGCCCAUUGUGCGGAACAAGAAGCUGAGGGAAAAGUGGUAUCAGUGAUAAUCAAUCUGAUUGUACUCCGGCAAUCUGAUGUUCCGGUUCAAAUGAUAUGACAUAAAAAGAGGCACCGGCCUUGCUCCGAUCGAGGACCAUUGUUUUUGAUCGAAUCUAACAAGCACAUGCUAUUUGUUCCAAGAUAGAGAUAUCUGUGAUACAUAAAAGUAUAUAUAUACGACGAUUGCAAUCCAG